GCGACAUUCCUUCUCCAGACUCUUCUCAGCUGCUACAUGCUUGCUGCUGCUGUUCCGGCCAGGCCCCGAGGGGAUAAGGCAUCCACAGUUGAUUGGCAGGCCAAUCUGCAGAAAGAAUUCAGAAGAAGCGUAAACUUCUCGCGACAACUACUCUGCAAAAUAAGGGUCCUUAAACAUCAUUAUCUCUCCGACCGUCUCCCGGGAGCUUCACUCACUUUCGUAACUCACAAAGGGCUGUUUUCCUUAACGAGCUUGGAUCUUCAUACAGGGCUUUCUCUUUCGGAUGCCAAGCGCUUGACCCACCUGGCCAAGAUGCUGUCAUUCUAUCAGGACUUGAUACAACAGCUAAAGGACUAUGAAGCAGACAGAGAAGAUUCUACAUUUGUCCCUCAGCUCGAAGAUCUUGGUUUUAACCUCCGAGAUCUGAGUCAUCAUGUGAGUUAUCAGAUUUCACUUUGGGGCCUGCCAUCUGAAAAUAACCCUGAACCAACUCCCGAACCACCUCAGAUUCUUCAGAGUAAGGAUCAGUGGAGGAACCGCCAGGAAGGAUACAUUGUCUUGCGCCAUCUUGAGAGCUUCCUAUGUCGUGCCACGCAGGAUUUCUGGAUUCUUAAAGAUAAAAUAAGGAUGUAAAUCCUUGCACUUUUUUUCAUUCCCAUGCAAGAGAAGGAGAAAACAACAACGUUUUGACUUCAUGCCCAAGAGAGAAUGAAAUGUACUUUCUGCCAAUCUUGAUUUCAGUUUUUGCUUUUGCAAGAACAAGGUUUUUUUACAUGAAGAAUGCAAAUUGCAUGAAAUCAUAACUGUAGCUGCUUUGUUCCAUUGACUUUUAAGAAUUAAGAUCACUGGGUGGAUCGUUUGCUUCUUUUUAAACAAUGGCCCAGCCCUUCUGUGCCUGCUGUGUGUGCUUUGCUUCUUAAAAGCAAAGAGUACUACUUUUGCCCAGAGUUUUACGUCUUCCUCUCAUCCUAGGGGUGAGGAAUCUUGAAAAGUUUGAACAUUUUGUUUCAAAGCUCCUAAAUCAAUGUGAACAAAGCAUUUAGCAAAUCUUCUUAACAUCCCUAGAUUAGACUGAUCUUUUUAGAUCCAAGGGUUCUUAAAUCCAACUUGUUCCCAUUCUAACCCUCUCCUGCACCACCAACACCCAUUCCAACCUGGUAGGGAAUGUUAGCAUUCUGGCAUCCAGAUUGUAGAUCCCUUCUCAUAAUUUAUGGACUUUUUUUAUUUAUGAAGAUUAAUGUUGCUUAUCUGAAAUGUCUAAUUUAUAUAUAUUUAUUUUUUUCUA